AUGAGCAGAGAAGGUCGAGGAAUAUGGGUGACUCCCCCAGGGAACAGGCCAGUGACCCCCGAGAGACCGGUGCGGAGGGAAGGGUGCGUACUCUUUAGAGACGGAUUAUGCGCACUGGGGAACUACUGCAUGUUUAGCCACUCUCCCUCGGAGAUUCCGCCUCGUGUUGCAGCAGGCGGGGGGGCCCAAAGCCGCUCGGCUAGGCUGGCCGAAGAACGACAGAGGCAGCGGCAGCAGCAGAUGCAGCAGCAGUAUCAAAGGCAGAUGCAGCAACAGCGGCUGAUGCAGCAGCAGUAUUUAAUGCAGCUGCAGCGACAGCAGCAGAUGGAGCAGCAUCGUCGGAACCGGCGACAACUGGAGUCGGAUAUGUCCCGCGACGCUUUCUUUAAUUCUCUCCAGACCUAUAACAGUCCCAGGGACUUCUCGUCAGAGUGGCCGCUGGCGUCGCCUGACGUGCUCCGAGCAGCUGGACCCUCUGUCGCCGAAUUCGCCGACUUCAAUGAGUAUGACUUUCCGCCUGAGUUCGAGAUCGACUCUUCCGAUGACUCCGACGACGAAAACACCUACAACCCUCGGAUUGACCGCCUCCGUAGACUUGAAGAACUCCGAGCGGCCAGUGCGGAGCGACGUGAAAACUCCACGACUUCCCAGCAGCCUCAGGCCACUUGGGGACCUCAGACCCACCUCUGGUCUCAAACGCCGCCUCCCACUCCACCAACUUCCCGUGAACCAGAGGCACCAGAGUCUGCAGAAGUUCCACAAGUCCCACACACCGCAGAGGCCCCACAUGUGCCACAGGCCAGAGGGGCCCCGCAGGUACCACCGGCUCAGGCCCCACCGGUUCCGCAGGCUCCAGAGGCCCCUGAAACUCCCCCUGCUCCACUACCGCGGCAGGUUCCACUGGCUCCACAGGCGAUACAGGCCCCACAGCCUCCGCGGGUGCCACUGGCCCCACUGCCGCCGCAGGCGCCAACUCCACGUAGUGACGCGGACCCGCUGUAUACUCCGGAGUUUUUGCUGGGAUCUGUGUUCACCGCGACAAUGCGAAUGAGAGAAAAAAAAGAUCCUCCACCCCGCUAA